UCGGUCCAGGGUUUUAUACCCUCGCCUUGCCUAAACGAUCAGUCAGUACAACUUGGACGAUAUAACUGACCGCACUGGUUUUAAGUCAAAAGAAUAGUAAAUAGCGACACCGGCCGUUGGAAUCAAAAAAGCGCCAUGUCUCCGCUAUCUUAUGUGGUUUCUAUUAUGCUGUUGCUGGUCGUAGCCCUGCAAUCUGCUGAUGGCUUUGUACAAUGCUGUUUUUUUGCCACUUCAGGCCAGUGCCCUGAUAAUCCAUGCGGAAAGGAUGCAAUGUGUCGAUUGAAUACGGCCGCCAUUCCCGUCUGCUCGUGCCCCUUCGGUUAUCUGGGUGACCCAUUCAAGGAGUGCAUUCGACCCGAGUGCAUUAGUGACGGCGACUGUACCGAAUUUCAGGGAUGUCGUAAGGGCAAGUGUGUCGAUCCGUGCAUCGUUAGCUGCGGCACGAAUGCUGAAUGCAGGACCGUACAUCAUGUGCCAAUUUGUAGCUGCCCGGCCGGAUACACAGGAAGUCCGUUCGAACGAUGCGAUCCACUGUAGAAGAAGGGUAGAAUUUCUUUUCCUCCUGUGCAACGUAAAGGCAAAAAAUAAAAACCACGUAAUGCAACGAA